AUGAUGAGAUCAAGAAGCUUUUGGUUAUCUCUUGUAUUGCUCGGGGUUUCCCUGCUGGUCACGAGGGGAUGGAUGGCUGAAGACAGGAACAGAAGGCUGUAUUUGGAUGCGGGGAGAUUGCAUCAAGAGGACUCCAGAAGGUUUGAAGUUACAAGAAGAAAAGUGCUCUAUGGGGAGGAUGGCCUGCAUGCAUCGUGUGAGAAGAAGUACUGUGGCCGGGGCAGUAAGUGUGUGGUGAACAAGGACACCAACCAGCCCGAGUGCAGAUGUGUGGAGGAUUGCAAGUCCAGCUACAUGCCCGUGUGUGGAUCUGAUGGCAAAUUUUAUGAGAAUCAUUGUCAAGUGCAUCGAGCCUCCUGCCUACAGAGGAAGAAAAUCUACAUUAUCCACAGCAAGGAUUGUUUCUUCAAAGGUGACACCUGUACCAUGGCAGACUACAGCCGCCUCAAAAGCAUCCUCCUGGACCUGCAGGCUCAUCGGCAAAGCCCACCGAGCAGCCCAGCCAAGGACAGAGUAUCCCAGAAGCGCUUUUUAGUUGAAAAACUGUUUAAGCACUUGGAUGUGAACAGUGAUGGGCACCUCAGCAGCUCCGAACUGGCGCAGGUAAUGAAGGAGGAGGACCUGGAAGAUGAUUUAUUGGAUUGUACACUAGAAGACCUUCUCCGGUUUGAUGAUUACAACAGUGAUGGCCACUUAACUCUGCAGGAGCUCUACACAGCCUUCCAGGUGGUCCAGCUGAGCCUGCCAGAGGACCAGAAGAUCAGCGUUACCACCAUCACCGUUGGCCUGAGCACCGUUCUGACAUGCAGCAUCCGUGGGGCGCUGCGGCCUCCCAUCAUCUGGAAGCGCAACGGAGUCAUCCUCAACUUCCUCGACUUAGAGGACAUAAAUGACUUUGGAGAAGACGAUUCCCUCUACAUCACCAAGGUAACAACCAUUCACAUGGGCAAUUACACCUGUCAUGCCUAUGGCUAUGAAGAGCUGUAUCAGACCCACAUCCUUCAGGUGAAUGUGCCGCCAGUGAUUCGCGUGUACCCGGAAACACAGGCGCAGGAGCCUGGUGUGUCGGCAAGCCUCAGAUGUCAUGCUGAAGGCAUCCCUAAUCCCCGAAUUACCUGGCUAAAGAACGGCAUUGAUAUCAUGCCAAAACUAUCCAAACAACUAAUGCUUCUAGCAAACGGGAGUGAACUUCAUAUCAGUAGCGUGCGAUAUGAAGACACUGGUGCCUAUACCUGCAUUGCUAAAAACGAGGUGGGAGUGGAUGAGGACAUAUCAUCUCUUUUCAUAGAAGAUUCGGCAAGAAAGACCCGCCUGAGUGUUGGGAAUAUGUUCUAUGUCUUUUCUGAUGAUGGGAUCACAGUCCUUCAGCCAAACGAAUGCGAAAUCCAGAGACACAUCAGGCCCGAAGAGAGGAUUUUCACAAGUUAUGAAGAGAUCUGUCCUAAAGUGGAAGGUGAAGGCACUCAGUCCUGCCUCUGGGCUUCAGCGGUCAAUGUCAGAGACAAGUACAUUUAUGCAACGCAGCCUAAGCUGAAUAGAGUAGUGAUAAUUGAUAUCCAGACUCAGAAAGCCAUACAGUCCUUGGAUGUUGACCCAUUACCAACCAAAUUACAUUAUGACAAGUCCCACGACCAAGUGUGGGUGCUUAGCUGGGGUGACAUGCGGAAGUCCUCACCAACGCUUCAGGUAAUACCAGAGGCAAGUGGAGGGGAGGAGCAGCAUGUUAUCCGCACACCAUUUGAAGGAGUGGAUGAUUUUUUUAUACCACCUACAAAUCUUAUUAUUAAUCACGUUAGGUUUGGUUUCAUCUUUAACAAAUCGAAGUCAGCAGUUCACAAAAUUGACCUGGAAACUGUGACCCACAUCAAGACUAUCAACUUCAGAAACCAUAGCUGCAUACCACAGGCCAUGGCUUAUACCCACCUGGGUGGUUACUUCUUUGUCCAGUGUAGGAAGAAUAGAUUGAUGGCUGCAUCACCACAGCUCAUCAUUGACAGUGUCACUGAUGCUGUCAUCGGCCCCAACAGCGACGUGUCGGGCACGCCGUACAUCUCACCAGAUGGACGCUAUUUGGUCAGUGCGGAUGAAGACAGUGGCAGGAUCAGAGUCCAGGCUCUAACUGUCCGUGGGGAAAUCAAGUUGAUUUAUGACUUACAAACAGACAUACACAUAUCUGAUCUGACAUUUCAACCCUCUUUCACUGAAGGCAACCAGUACUAUAUAUAUGCUACUUCACAUUUGCAAACAGAUGUGCUUUUUGUAGAGCUGUCAACGGGGAAAAUGAAUGUACUGAAGAAUUUAAAGGACCCUAUCACAUCCAAAGACUGGCCCUGGAGCAGCUACAACAGAAUUAUGAAAGACAGUGGAUUAUUUGGACAGUAUCUCAUUACACCAGCUAAAGAUUCAUUGUUUGUUAUAAAUGGGAGGCAAAAUACGUUACGCUGUGAGGUUUCAGGUAUAAGGAGGGGUAACACAGUGGUCUGGGUUGGGGAGGUAUGAAGGGCAAUAGCAGUAGAGCCUUCAGCAGGCAAGUACCGGUUGGACCUUUACACUGCAACAACUGAGCAGUAGCAUUGUAUAUUUUUACACUGGGGGGAAAAAAUAAGAAAAAAACAAAAAAACCCUGUAUAGGCUUCAUGGUACAACACUGGUCUACUUGCAAGUUUUAUAAUAUAAGGUAUGCUCUGCUAAUAGGAAGUGGUUUUGAAGGGAUGUCUUUUAUUUGGGGGUAUGAUUCGUGGUUAUGGGAAAAAUGCUGAGAAGUGAAUAUCUCCACUGAGAUAUCGUAUAAGCCACGAAAACUAAUGAUUCUGUAGAACAAAUCCCAUUUUGAGUUUCCAUACUGAGGAGCUUUUAUGUUAUGCUCAAGCCAUCCAUUUUCUUUCCCCUAUACCUUGCCCAUUCCCUGCCCCAACACAGAACAACUACAGAAGCAAGGACUGCAGUUAAAAUUCACCUUUGGAUCAUGAGGGAAACUAAGCAUCACAGAGUAGUUUUCAACCCUCAGAAACCUAGGAGAGUGAUUUAAUGAGAACGGAUCCGUUUUCUCUGCAGGAUGGCUUUGGGAGGAUUCACAGAUGUGAUUUCGGAAGGAGGCAUAACAGAAAUAGCAACUGUCAGCUCACUUUCUUCUGCGCUUAAUUUUGCUCUUGGUACUGCUGAAGGCGAUGUUACGAAUGUGUCGUUCCCCCCCCCCCCAUCUUGUAAUGCAUAUCUGUGUGAUUGUAUAUGAGAAAUCUGGCAUGAAGUAUCCAGGCCAUUAGAGUGAGUAAAAGGCCAGAAACACUGAGGGGGGGUGUCAGGGUUUGUGAAAGAUACUGUGGAGAAGAAGCAUUAGUCUUUCAGCAGCUUGUGAGCGGGGUCAGCUUGGCACAAUAUGCAAAAUCUGCUCUUUGGGGGCAGAGAAUCAGUUAGGGUUAUUCCCACAGGAGGCAGCAACACUCCUAGAAACUGUUGGUUUCUCUCAUUAAAUGUUUAGUAGCACUGACGUCACUCGGUUCUUCAUAAAACAAUACCAACAGAGCAUAUUUUUAAUAGAAAACUCACUCAUUUUCUACUCAUAGCCUUAAUUUGCCUCCUUCUUUUCAGACAUCCUGGGAAACAAUUUUAAUGUGUGAAUUUUUUCCUUCCGGUUUAUACGCACUUGUUUAUAGUCAGUUAUCUGUUAGUUACGAGCAAAGAGCUUCAUGUAAAACCAGCUGAAUUACCCUGGAAUUCAGCAGCUGGCACUAAGGAAUUUCAGUUGGCUUCCCAUAAAAACAUAGAUCCAUUUGCACAUUUGGAAGACAGGAAAAGUUUUCUAGUGCAUUUUGGUAACUUUCUCUAUCCGUCACCGUGAAGUAAUCAGGGCAGGAGCAGCCUUGGCUUGCAAGGCAGUGCAAACCAGAUGAACACCACUACCACCAUGAGCUGAUGCAUCAGAGCAGUUGUAACCCAUGUGCCACUUCGAAGAUGUGGUCUUGAGGUGGGUGAAACCUCUCUCUGAAGGUAAAUACCUGUUCCAUGGAAGCCAUCCAUCAGCCUUUGGAAAGACCCAGCUUGUUUUGUGAAUGAUCCCAUUGACCAGAGUUCCUUUGAAAGCAGCUGCUGAACGCAUCCCAUGAUAUGUAGUGGCACAUCAAUUACUUUCCUCCACAGAUGCUUAAAGUCACCCAUUUCACAGUGCACACAGAGGGAUUGUAAAUGAGAAGGGUGCAGACUAACACUGGCAAUCUUUGCUUUAAAUGUUAAACUUUACCGAAGAGUAGCAUUUUAGCAUGGCUGUAGACCUGAAGUAACUGAAACAAUUUCAGUUCUAUAAAGAUUAUGUAAAAAUCUGUUCAGACAGACAAAAAAGGGGAGCUGAAUCCUAUGAAUUCAUGAAACAUGGAGUCCUUGAGAUUGCCCUUCAACACCCAUAGGCCAAAACCUCCAUCUCUUUUCACUUAUGAGCCAUAGGGGUUAGAAGAGACUAUUUCAUCAUUGCAACACAGGCAUAUAAAACAGAUGGGCAUAGCCUUUAGCAAUGCAUGGUGUCCAUGAUUUUCUACUCAUCCAGUUAGGAAACAUACCCAUGUCAAGGAAAGGAGAAGACCAGCUUUGUAAGUACUUUGAAAUAUGCACAACUCCUUUCUUGAACAGAGCUGUAUCCAUACAUUGCUGUCAUCCUAAAUGUGUUUUACCAAGGCCAGACACUGCUCUCGUGUUAUCUUUUAUGACUUCUUGACUAUUUUAUUAUGCCUAUGGUAAGUUUCCCUGUAGAGACGUUCAUUGUGUCAUAGGUCAAGCAAAUAUUACUUUUUUAAGAAUAUUUAAAAGAAAACCCUGUAUAUAUCUGUUCAGGUAAAUAUUAUUGGGGCUGGUUUAUAUAUAGGCUGUGAAAGAUGUGUAACAGACCUCACUUCUUCCUGUUUGUCGCAAAGUAUUGGAAUAGCGUUCACUUGACAUGGCCCUUCCAAAGAUGUUCCCUUUCUUCCCUCUUCAGCCCAAGUUUCUGGUGAUGUGUCUUCUAAAUUAUCCUAAUGGUUAUAUAUCAUACUUAGAAAAUGAAGUACAACUUAGCUUGUCCACACGACUUGUGAACAGUUCCAAUGGCGGUCAAACCUGACAUUAAAGUGCUGCACAUUUGUUACUCUGAUUUUAUUUUUAUUAUGACACAGGAAUUUUAUAUGUACCCAAAAACUGUUUCAACUCCUUUUUGCCUUUCAACUCUCGUAAAAAAGAGACUACGUUUC